AAAACUGAAAACCUAAACUGAGGAACUCGCUGCAGCUCUGACUCAGGGACGACAGACACUCAGAGGACUGAAGCAGAUGGAGGAGCUGCAGUCUCCAGCGAUGCUUACAACGAAACACAACUUGAUUGUUAUCAGAUGAAAAGUUUUUAUUUCCCAACAGAGAUGGGAAAAAACCCAAACUGGAAAAUGGAAUAUAAGCUGGAGUUAAUGUUUUUUCUUGUUCUGCUGUUAACAGAUUCAUGCGUCGGCCUGAGCAGAAGAGAAUUUACAGACGCGGUGGCAUAUUUAAGGAAGUAUGGUUAUCUGCACAUCCCCCUGGACACUGAAGGCCAAAAUCAUCCACCUGAGGAGAUAGCUGAAGCUCUAAGAAUCUUUCAGAAAGUGACAAACCUGCAAAUAUCAGGAAAACUAGAUUCAGCCACUCUGGCGAUGAUGAACAAACCUCGGUGUGGACUGGAAGACUCUUUCGAUAGCAAAUCUCUUAAAUAUAGAAUUAUGGGUUACUGGCGAAAGAAGAUGCUGACGUACCGGCUUCAUAAUUACACCCCUGACUUGGGUCUGGGGAAAACCCGUUUGGCCAUUCAGAGUGCGUUUAAGUACUGGAGCGACGUGUCACCUUUGAGGUUCAAGGAACUGCAACGAGGAAAAGCAGAUAUCAAAAUCUCCUUUCACAGAAAAGACAAGACGUGUCCAGUUCCCUUUGAUGGACGAGGUCAUGUUUUAGCCCACGCUGACGCCCCUGAGUCAGGCAUUGUGCAUUUCGACGGCGACGAGGUGUGGACAGAGGGCAAGAACUCCGGCUCAAACCUGAGGAUCGUCGCAGCCCACGAGAUUGGCCACGCUCUCGGCCUGGGCCACUCACAACACUACAGCGCACUGAUGGGACCUGUUUACAACGGAUACCACUCCGACUUCAAACUACAUCCAGAUGACAUCCGAGGGAUCCAGGCUUUAUACGGAAAGCCAGAGAAGACUCCUCCAUCCAGAAAACCAAGUCAGUUUGUACCAGGAGUCCCAGAUCCUUGCAAGGCCACUCUGGAUGCAGUAAUGUUGGGUCCUUUGCGUAAGACAUAUGUCUUCAGUGGUCAGUACGUGUGGACCAAGUCCAGCUCUGGCUACAACAGUCCAGUCCUGAUCUCUGCACUGUGGAAGGAGCUGCCAGGGAGCCUCAAUGCAGCUGUUCACUCUCAGCGGACCGCCAAGUCCUAUUUUCUGAAAGAGGACAAAUUAUGGAGAUACACAGGCUUUAAACUUGACCACGGCUUCCCCAAACGUUUGACCAGCAUCCCUGCUAAUAUUGAUUCAGCCUUGUACUUCAAUAAGAAUAAAAAACUCAUCUUUUUCAAAGGCUCUGGAUACUGGCAGUGGGAUGAAACUGGCCCGACAGAUUUCAGUUCAUAUCCCAAACCUGUUGGACAACUUUUCCACGGGGCACCCAGCAACACUGAUGCUGCAUUCACAUGGACAAACGGCCAUAUAUACUUGUUUAAAGGCACUGAGUACUGGCGUGUAGACCAGCAGCACCGAGCAGUGGAGAAAGGUUAUCCUCUGAGCACCGCGGCACGUUGGAUGCAGUGUGACGACUGAACCACCAGAGGCCACCAGCGACUCAACACAAACUUUAUCCUGCACAGUGAUUUGGUAUAAAACCGGACAGACUUGCCUAUUUAUUUGAAUCCUGAAUCUAUUGUGUGAAGAGUCAGAGAAGCAUUAUUUUUUUCUUUGAAGACACACAUUGCAUGAAAUCACAGAGAAUACAUAUUUGCAUGUUUUGGUGUUUCUAUUUUUGUUUAAAUUAAAAAGUAUUUGCUGGCAUACAGGCAAUGGAAUAAGAAAAUCAAA